GUUGUUAGCGGGACGUUUCGAAACUUUGCGCACUUUAAAUGGCUGAUGAGAAGCCACGAAGAAAACUAAUUUUACACUUUGAUGCAAGGAAUACUUUGUUUCUGUCAGAUAAAAGUUAUCGUUUUACUAUUGAAGAGGCACUUAACAAUUACAUUUCUGGAAUUGUAUGGGGUCAAUUAAAAGAAAAAUCUGAAAAAAAUGAAAGUAAUGAUGUACAAAACAAUUCGGAAACUAUCUUACCAAUGGAUUGUAAUCAAGAUCAUUCAAGUGAUAUGAUUGAAAUAAAUGAAAGUCAAAGUGAAAGUAUAAAACCUGUAAAGUAUCAAGUUCUUAAUGAAAUGAAUCCAAAUCAAAAUCAUGAAGUUAACUCUUGUAAAACAACAAUAACCACCCCCACAACAACAACAACAAUCACAACUCCAAUGGAUACUCGUCAACCAUAUGAAGGUGAAAAUUUUGAAAAUUUAACAUCAAAUGAAUUAGCUAAUUUUAAAUCAACAUUAGCAUGUUGGAAUCGUUUACCAAUACCAUUAUGUAUUAAACAACCACAACCAAAUGCAAUAAGUAUAUAUAAAUUAUUAGAGAAACAAAUUGUUAAAAUAACAUCCGAUAGAGGUAGAAUAAGAAGAUAUUUAGGUAAUUUUACUCAAACACCAGAAGGUUUACCAUAUCGUAAUUUAUUUAAUGAAUAUUUAGAAAUGUUAAAAUUAACACCAAUUGAAUCUAUUAAUUCACCAUAUUGUUUAUGUGUAAAUAGUGGAAAUAUUAAUAAUCACCAUGGCAACAACAAUAAUAAUAAUAAUAUAAAUGAGAAUGUGGAUAAUCAUUAUUAUCAUUAUUUAAUGCCAGCUUUUUAUCGUUUAUUAACAUGGCUUAUUGAAACAAAUCGUCAAUUUGCUAUAUUUAUACGUACCUAUGGUAAAGAUGGUGAACAUAUUUUAUCAGCUAUUGAAGCAUAUAUUCAUGGUAAACAUUCCCAGGAGAAAGCACCAUUGAAUGCUAAACAAUAUAUACCAAUUGAUUAUACUAAAUGGUAUUUAAAACGUUCUGAUCAUGAACCAUUAUUUCAAUUUAUAAAAGAAAUUCCAAAUAAAGAUCUAUUAGAUCCUGAUAAACAAUUUAUUAAUAUAUCAAAUAAUCCUAAUGAAAUUUAUCAAAUAUGGUCAAAACAAAUUGGUGUACUACAUGUAAUAGAUGAUUUCAAUUAUUGGAAAUCACAUAAUUAUCAUUAUAAAUCAUCGAAACCUUUAUGGUUUAAUCCAUAUGAUCCAUAUAUUCAACAUAUAUUAUUUGAUGAUAAUAUACGAUUUGAAGAAGAUGGUUCUAAUGUCAUUGAUUUAUAUCAACUUAAUACUACUACUACUACUACGAGUAGUAGUAGUAGUAGUAGUAGUACUGGUAAUGGUAAUGGUAAUAAUAAUAAUGAUGAUGACAUAACCUCUUCAGAAUCUAAUCAUUAUCAUCAUCUUGAUAAUAAAGAAGCUAUGAAAUGGGAAAAUAUUUAUUAUGUACAAGCGGAUUUAUUAAACAUAAUUAAAAAUAGAAAUUAUUUUAUUGAAAAAGUUAAUGAAUGUGAAUUCAAUUUAGAUCAAAUACAAAAACAAUUCAAUAUCAUUUGAUCAUUUUGGAUUUGUUUUUUUAUUAUUAAACUUGAUCUGUACAUAGAAUAGUACAGUUGUAAUUUGUUUAUUGAAUACAUUUUAUAUAGAGAUAUAUAAAUGAUGUUUUUUUUUAUAGAAUUCAUUUUGUAUUCAUGUUUUCAUAUACUACUUAAAUGAUACUUAUAUCUAUAUAUAUAUCAUUAGUGAGGUGAGACUAUCAUUUAUGAACGAACCAAUCAGGUAUAAGAUAAAAGGUUUUGAAUUUUAGCGCGAAAUUAUUCACUUAUCCAUUCGACGAAAUAAAGUUUUGACAUCAUUAUAACUGAUAUUAGUUAAUUCUAAAACCUUAAUUAUUAAAUGUAAAUCAAAAUUCGAAUUGUUCACAUGAAUUUGUGACCUUGAUUUGGUGGAACCUUUCUCAAGGUUAGUUUAGCGUCACCUCAAGGUUAUUCAUUGAUUAUUGAUUGUACCAAAGAUGUUACAUGUACAAUUAUACUCUAUUUGAAAUGUUUUGUUUCGUUUUCUUUUUUCUUUGGUUGUUUUUAAACGUAACAUCUAUGUAGAGAAACUUUCUUCUAUGAUAUAAUAAAAAGUUUAAUUAUGAUAA